AUGACAAGGCGGAACGCAAUGAGUGACAAUACAACCUCAACUUCCUCUGUGACCCCGGAGCGUUACCCGUUCUGCAUUGUGUGGACCGAUAUCCCCCUGGUCUCGUGGUUGUUUCCCUUUGUGGGUCACGUGGGAAUAUGUGAUUCCACUGGCAGAAUAUUUGACUUUGAGGGGUCGUAUUGCAUUGGAGUGGAUCACAUGUUGUUUGGAAACCCCGUAAAAUAUUGGGACAUUUCAGCCAUGUACGUUCCAUCCUCCCGAUUUCCUCCGGGUGGUUUGUUGUCGGGGGAUGUAGAAGAGAGAAGGCGACGGGAGACGGAGGAGUACGACAGAGCUCUAAGCGGCGUUACGACGCGUUUCCGCAAAACACAAACGUACAAUUUCUUCACAAACAACUGCCACUCUUACGUCGCGUCUGUUUUGGAGGAAAUGACAAACGGACCACGGCGGCCGUGGAAUAUGUUUUGGAUUGCAUGGGGCCUUGCCAUUCACGGCCGGUCGCUUCUUAAAAGCCCAUCUUCCCUUCCUCGUUAUCGUCGCCCUUUGUGUGACCGCCGCUGCACUCUUGGGUUGACGCGAAGCAAAUGA